AUGAGUUCAUCAGCUCAAAAUCAAGCGCAAGAGCCAUCUGUUUCGAAAGAUGCACCAAAUGCAAAUACAAGCAGCGCUACAACAGCUGCUCCAAAGCCUGGAGCCGUCUCAACUUCUCCAGUGUCUAUAGAUAGCCAUGCAGCAGCAUCAAGCAACAACACGAAUCACAACAACACAGCUAGUUCGACAGGCAAUGCAGCGCAUACUAAUACGAGCACGACGACGCCUGCAAUGGCAGCUGUUGUCGCUGCUGCUACUGCCGCUGCCGCUGCUUCCACGGACGCCAAAAGCCAAGAGACAGAUGAGGAAGCUAUCAGGAAUCAAAAGUUGGUAGAAGAGUUUCAAUAUCUGUUGGAAAAGAGUCAGAGCUUAUUCAGUGGAUUGAGAGAUCUACCACCCACUGGAAGUCAUCGUCAGUGGAGGCCUUAUUUUGAAAAGACAUUUGAGGUGUACACAAAGCUUUGGAAGUUUCAACAAACUCACAGAUCCAUCCUAGAAAACAAGAGCAAUUACGGACUGAAACGAUGGGAAGUAGGGGAGAUAGCGAGCAAAAUUGGACAGCUGUAUUAUCAUUACUAUUUGAGAACUAGCGAAACAAAUUAUCUUCACGAAGCCUAUGUCUUUUACGAGGCGAUCCAUGAAAGACAGUAUUUCAAAGACAUCCUCGAGGUGAAAAAUUCUGCGCUCAUGGUAAAGAAGAUGCGGUAUUAUGCUCGCUUCAUCAUUGUUUGCUUGCUGCUAAACAAGGAUGAAAACGUGCGUCAGCUUAUCACUGAAUUGGAAGUCUUAAUUGAAGAAUACACCAAGAGUUUCAAACCACCUGACGCCAAAGAGUGGCAGAUGGUGUUGGAAGAGAUUAGCACGUUUACAGAAGCAGAAAAGAAGCUCGUUCCCAUCAACCUCGACCGCACACCAGACAAGAUUGAACAUCGACUCGCUUCCAACAUUGCUGAAAGACACAUUGCGAACCUGCCCAAGCUUAAAUUACAAGAGGCUAUUCUAGUUGGCAACUACCAGAAACAGAUCAAGUUUUCAGAACUGACACUGGACAUGUAUCGUAUGCUUCAAUCGCUGGAAAGAGAGCCCUUUGUAUUGCAUCCCUCAGUUGCAGCAGCAGCAAAGAACAAGUCAACAGAGACAUCUGACAAGGCAAAGGAAGCUUCUAAAGAUGACCAGAGCAACACAGCGACAGGAACCAUUACCACCGCAACCACAACAACCACAACGUCCUCAACAGCCGCUGGCACAAGCAGACCGGCAGGAGCCUCGACGAAUACCUAUUCAGCGUCUCACAUUCAAACAACAUCGGAGAAGAUGCUUAAACGGUCGAAUCCUCACAAAUAUUUGCUGUAUCGACCUUCCUUGAGUCAGCUGUUGGUCUACAUUUCCACUGCAUUCAAAGAUACCAGCGAUAAUUCAGCUCUACUAUUGUACUUAUCUGCAGACGGUUGUGCGUAUCCGGAUCAAGUGGUGCCUGGCUAUGGAGGUGGUGUUAUGACAAGUCAGCGAAACAAGCCCACGGCGGGAACAACGGCAGACAGGGUGUCUGGCGCGACGAUAGCAAGCAAUUCGAAUGCUGCUGCUGCCUCCAAUAGCAGCAAUGCCGCUGCUACUGCUGCUGUUGCCUCGUCCUCGUCGAAUACAGCCAAUGCUGGGCCUGCGGGUACUGGGGCUUCCGGCGCUAAUACGUCCUCUUCUACUGCAGUCGGCAGUGGAGGUGCUGGCACCAACAGCGGUGGCACCAUGCCAACCACCACGUCUGUCGUAGGGUCCAUGACAGCUUCAUCAAACAACGCUACUUCUGCCAAUACUGCCUCCAACACUGGCAAUGCAAACAAUAAGGAGACAUCUGCCAAUACCCAGCAUCUUGCCGAUUCGCACCACCAUCACAUCAGCCCUCCUUCUGUGCACUGCUUGCAUCCAGCAGAUCUCGUACCAUUCACUCGAAAACCGCUGUUUCUCAUUGUAGACAGCGACCACAGCACGGAAUUCAAGCACAUGCCUAGCGUCUUUGACCAGCCUGUCAUGUGCCUCAUGUCCCCUGUCGAAUACCCGUCUUCUGUGCAAGACAAGAGCGAGAUUGGCAGCCUGUUUACCCUGUUUCUUCAUACCCCUUUACUUGGCUUCUGCUCUGUCUCUGAUAUUGGAAACUUGGAUCAACAGAAAUGGGACGAGUGUGUGCGAAAGAUAGGGGCUAUGGAGAAGGCCAUUGGCGAUGUGCUGUUGACAGACAGUAAUGUGGAUCAACAUGUCAAGCGAUUCAUGAUGGAUGACUUUUUGUAUUAUUUCAUUGUGCGCUUUGUGCUGUGUGGCAUCUUUUUGAGGUAUCAUUCCUCUUUCAAGGACGACAAGUCUUUUCCUUCUUCUUGUCCAUCGUUGCCAGAAAGCGUUUAUGUAUCCGCAGAAAUUGUUACCAUGCUAGGGGAUCUGACAGCAAUUGCUGAUGUUGGCACUUACUUUAGCUUGCCUGCUUAUGCUACUACUUCCGCAGCCAAUUCUGUCAUCAAUAUGGCAUCUUCUUCCACUUCUGCCGUCGCAGCUGCUAAUGGUGGUAUUGGAGGAGCAGCGGCAGCAGCAGCGACAAAUAACGCUACUACAGCAGGUGCCGUUACCACAACAUCUGUUGCUUUGCCUGCAGUCAUCAACAGCAGCACCCAUACUAGUAGUAAUCUUGCUUCUUCUUCUUCUUCUCCUCCUCCCCCUUCACAAACAUCCACGAUGAGUACCACCACAGCCAUCAUGGAAAUGAAAUGA